AUGGGUGACAUUGAGACCAUUUAUGAGUCCGACUCCGACUCUGACUCCGGUACCGCAACGCCCAAAGACCCGCCGGGCAGCCGGAGACCAUCUGAGCAGUCUGAAGUCUCGGAGGUCUCCUAUUUCUCCAACAGCAACCUCCCCGAAGACGACCCGCACCGGCGCAUCCCAGCCUCGGAGGUCCGCGCCCAGGCCAUCGCCAUCCCGGCCAGGACCGUGCCGUACGGGGAGAGCUACCCGCACCGGUUCAACAACCACGAGAACCUGCCGCUGUCCAACACGCCGCCGCUCAUCGAGCACCCCGUCACGCCCAGCGGCCCUUACGUGGCGGGCACGCCGCCGGGGCCGGCCCGUAUCAUCGUCAACGCCGCUGACCGCUCCAAACCCGAGGUGGUGUACCACGACCCAAGCCGGCCGGCCACGCCGGACAGCCCGGCUAGGCACGCCCCGUUUUCGAAGGCCGAGUAUCGCGGGAAGGAUCGGUCGGUGCAGACGGGUUUGGAGGACUAG